AUGCCAUUUGGUCUCACGAACGCCCCUUCGACAUUUCAAGUUGCCAUGAACCAAUUAUUCAGACCUUUCCUGCGUAGGUUUAUCACCGUAUUUUUUGAUGAUAUUUUGGUAUAUAGCCAAAGCAUUGAGGAACAUGUGUCUCAUUUGAGACUCAUGUUACAGCUGCUUCAGGAUCACAGUUUCUAUGCCAAGGUGAGCAAAUGCCAAUUUUUUCAAACCACAAUAGAAUACUUGGGUCAUGUGGUUUCGGCCGAUGGCGUUCGGGCCGAUCCUACCAAGAUAGCAACCAUGGUGGAUUGGCCAAUUCCGAGCACUAUCAAACAGUUGAGAGGGUUCCUGGGACUUACGGGGUACUACCGACGUUUUGUUGCACACUAUGCCUCUUUAGCGGCACCCCUUACGGAGUUGUUGAAGAAGGAUAACUUUGUUUGGAAUACACAAGCAGCAGCAGCCUUUGAACAACUUAAAUGA